AUGGCAUGCACUAACUCAUGCUUGAUUCUCAGCUUUUGCUUCAUGUUCCUGUAUUUGAGUCAAGGUCUUGAGAUCCAGACAGAACUGCCCUCUGCCCGGAAUAGCUGCCCAGAAGGCACCAAUGCUUAUGGCUCCUAUUGCUAUUUCUUUAUCCAAGAUCAUGAGACCUGGGCUGAUGCGGAACUCCUUUGCCAGAACAUGCAUUCGGGCCACCUGGUAUCGGUGCUCAACAAGGCUGAGGGCACUUUUGUGGCUUCUCUGAUCAAGGAGAGUGGCACUGAUGACACCGAUGUCUGGAUUGGCCUCCAUGACCCUAAAAAGAACCGUCGCUGGCGCUGGAGCAGUGGAUCUCUGGUGUUAUACAAAUUCUGGAUAGUUGGAGCCCCAAGCACUGAAUGCCCCGGCUACUGUGUGAGCCUGACCUCAAACUCAGAUUACCAGCAAUGGAAUGAUAAAAAAUGUGAUGACGAGUUCUCUUUUGUGUGCAAGUUCAAAAACUAG